GUUUUGGGUUCCGGCAGGUGCGCCCACUGUUACCACGGCCUCGGGCAACCGCAACUUCACGAAGUGUGGGGAGUUUCCAGCUGUCACCUAGGGCCAAGGCUUGUCCCCUGGGUCAGCUCUGCCUCAGCACGACUGACAGCUCGAGGGUGAAGCCACCGGGUGUCCGUGGGCGGUGCGCGCGUGCAGCGUGGCCUUAGCCUGGGAUGGGACGACGUCCUGCCCCCGCCCUCCGCAUGGUCAUGGGAGCCCCGGGGCAGGCCACCGCCCGCGGCAGGGCCCUGUGGGCGCUGCUCCUGACCGCGCUGGGCUCCGCCGCGGGGCGGCCGCGGGGGGCAGAGUCCGUGUGCACCGCCCGGCCCCUGGCCCGCUACAGCAUCACCUUCACGGGCAAGUGGAGCCAGACGGCCUUCCCCAAGCAGUACCCCCUGUUCCGGCCGCCCGCGCAGUGGUCCUCCCUCCUGGGGGCGGCGCACAGCUCCGACUACAGCCUGUGGAGGAAGAACCAGUACGUCAGCGACGGGCUGCGGGACUUCGCGGAGCGCGGCGAGGCCUGGGCCCUGAUGCGGGAGAUGGAGGCGGCGGCCGAGAAGCUGCAGAGCGUGCACGAGGUGUUCUCGGCGCCCGCGGUGGCCAGCGGCACCGGCCAGACGUCGGCGGAGCUCGAGGCCCACUCCCGGCACUCGCUGGUGUCCUUCGUGGUCCGCAUCGUCCCCAGCCCAGACUGGUUCGUGGGCGUGGACAGCCUGGACCUGUGUGACGGGGACCGCUGGAGGGAGCAGGUGGCCGUGGACCUGUACCCCUACGACGCUGGCACGGACAGCGGCUUUACCUUCUCGUCCCCCAACUUCGCCACCAUCCCGCAGGACACGGUGACCGAGAUAACCUCCUCCUCUCCCAGCCACCCGGCAAACUCCUUCUACUACCCCCGGCUGAAGUCCCUGCCCCCCAUCGCCAGAGUGACCCUGGUGCGGCUCCGGCAGCACCCCCGGACCUUCGUCCUGCCCGCCCCGGACCCAGUGGGCGGGGGCAAUGAGAUCCUGGACAGCCUCUCAGGCCCCGAGACGCCGCUGGACUGCGAGGUGUCGCUGUGGUCGCCCUGGGGGCUGUGCGGGGGUCCGUGCGGGCAGCUGGGGGCCAAGAGCAGGACGCGCUACGUGCGCGUGCAACCCGCCAACCAGGGCGCCGCGUGCCCGGAGCUGCAGGAGGACGCCGACUGCGUCCCCGACAACUGCGUCUGACGCCCCCGCGGCUUCGGCCCCGCCCGCCCGGCGCCUCCUCCCAGAAGCUUCCCUCCGGGCGGGGUCCGGCUCCGCUCCCCGGGGGGCUCGGCCCAGCGCAUCCCCGCGGCCCCUGCUCGGAGCCGACGCGCA